AUGGCGUCCUUCUUCAUGUUUCAAGCUGAUUGGGGCCUGGCCUGCGAGGUCCUUUCGGGCGUCGACGCUGCUGCGGCUGCCGCGCGUGCUCAUCGGCGGCGUCAGCUUUGUCAGCAUGCUGAGGACGCCAGCAGGCCACUGGCGGCGGCAAGGGCCGGUGACCUUGCGCGGCCAGCAGAGGGCGCCGGCAGGUCACCGAUCGCGGACGCUGGCAGGUCACCGGCGGUUGCGCAGGCCGGUGACCUUGCGCGGCUUGCAGAGGGCGCCGGCCGGUCACCGAUGGCAUCUCUGGCCAUUGACCUGGUGCAGCCUGCCGAGGACGCCGGCAGAUCACCGGCGGCUGCGCGGGCCGGUGACCUUGCGCGGCUUGCAGAGGGCUCCAGCAGGUCACCGGUGGCGGCGCGGGUCGGUGACCUUGGGCAGCUUGCUAAGGACGCUGGCAGGUCGCAGGAGGACGCCGACACCGAGCUGCAGCGCUCGCGCCUCCAGCUGGACCAGCUGGUGCCGCAAGUCGAGCUCUUCGGCAAGGACUCGCUGGUCGCCGGCGCGAUCAAUGGCGACACCUGGUCAGGAGCUCGCACGGUGGCGGAGUGGCUGCAGGCGGGCCGCGGACUCCCCGAUGUUCUGUUCGCGCAGGAGACCCGCUUCGUCGAUGGUGCGACAGCGGGGAACGCUCUGCGCGGGAGCGCCUUGGUUGCGCUCGCGGCCGCCCCGGUGGGCGAUUCGCAGGAUGUCUGCGCUCUGUGGUUAGAUGUGGCUGAGCGCCAACUCGUGGCCAAGCUGGAGCAGGAGUCGACCUCGGCGCGCCACUGCCCGAGCAGGGGCCUCGGCGUCGAGCUCGCUCAGAAGCCCCCGAUGGCCCUCCACUUGUCCCGCCAGCGCAGGCGGGCGAGCAGGCGAGAUCGCCCCGCACGGCAGGCGGCCGCGCUGCAGCUGGAGCCAGCCAUCUCUGAGGCACCGUCGCUGCAGAAGUGCGCGCUGGACGAUUGGCUCGGGCUCGCCACUCGAGCGAGCCCCCUCUGCGAUUGGUUCGACGGAGUCAUGGAGGGCGAGGUGGCCCAGCGCUGUCGGCAAGAUGCGGCCGCCCGCGCGAAGGAUUGGAAAUCCUUCUGCGCCGCCGCCCUCGGCGGAUCUGGGCGCGUCGCGCGCCGCGCGAUCAAGGGGCGCGGGGCAAAAGCCCCGCCAGUUGCGCAGUCUGGGGGCGAAACGGGUCUCGGCCAGGUGGGCUCAGCGGCCGCGGAGGCGAUCCUCGACGAGCGGCUGGCGAUCUGGGACAAGCCGUCGCGGUCGUCGGAGCCCCCAGCUGAAGAAUGGAGCGACCCCGCCCCCCUGCCCCCCACCGCCGUCGACCAGAUGCUGGAGGUGGCCAGGGGGCCCCAGAAGGUCACGGGCCUCGGGUGGGACAACUUCCACCCGAUGGGGCCUGUUGCCGUCGAAUGUGCGAAGCAGGGGGUCCAGAAGUGGGAGCUGGCCGUCGACCAGCGUCUCUGCUGGGGCAAGAGUUCGGACGCGGCGGCGGAUCGCGCAGCGUGCGCCCACAACUUGCCAGCGGUGCACGCUCGCAGGCGGGGCAUGAGCAGCGGUUCUGUCUUUUUCGACACUCGAGUUGUCGAGCUGCUGACCCUUCGCGUUUUGAAAGAAGUCCAGGACCCGGCUUGCCGUUCGGUCGACGUCGUUGACGACGCCAAGCUGCGCGCGGUCGGCGGCGCCAGGACGGUGGCCGAGCAGUUUGCGCGGGCGGCCAGGGUGAUAAUGGGAGCCCUGCAGCAGCUGGAUCUCCCAUUCAACGUCAGCAAGACGCAUAAUUGGCGCCAGGGUGGGUUGUUCUUGGGGCCCGAGGUCCAUGUCUUCACCGACGGGUCGGCCUUCGAAGGCUCGGUUCCGUUUUGGGAGGUGGCGGGAUGGUCGGCGGCGGUCACGGAUGGCGAUGGGAAUGUGCUCAACGUGCUCUGGUGGGCGGCGCCGCUGAGCCCGUGCAACCCUCGGGCCCAUUGGUGGGCGCAGGUCCACGACAAGCUGGACGGCGCGGUUGUCCAUGAAGUGGCUGACAGAAAUGCUCGUUGCGGGGCCGAGCUGCUCCGCAGCUCGGAGCAGGAUCGUCUCGUGACCCACUGCUGUCACGAUGUGGCCAGAGAAGUAUCGAUUUUCUCGUCGCGGCAGGAGGCCUUCAUUGCCGGCGAGGGGUCGGUCGACCACGCGCGCGGCAGUCCUUCGGACGUGGGCGUCAUGGCCGCCCCUGAUUGCGGCGUUGGCGCGCUCGCGGUCACUCGUGCCUCAAAGCGCCUAUCGAAGGACAGGCGCCCGGCGCCGCCGGAGUCCGGCGACGCGUGCCGGGCGGCGCCGGCGGGCCUGCCGGCGGAGGCCCCGCCGGCGGAGGAGGCGGCGGGCGGCGCGCAGGGGGGCGGCGGCGCCGAGGCGGCCAGAGGCGUGCUGGACGAGGCGGAGGCGGUGGCCGACCGCGUGCUGGCGUUCCUGCGGGGCCGCGGCCCCGCGGGCGUGGAGGGUCGGACGCUGGACAAGAUCCUCCGCUGGGACAACGACCAGUUGGAGAGGGUGCACGACUUCAUCCAGUGGCUCUUCCCCACCGACGAGCGCAGCCGUGCCCACCCGGAGGCCCCCGUGCUCACGCCCCGGGCGAUCCGGGAGGCGCGCGCCGACCCGGGAAUCAUCAAGAACGUCGACAGGGGCUUGGUGCUGUUCCUGCACUGCCGGAGGGAGGAGGGCGCCGUCCACGGGCAGACCGACUUCGAGAAGGCGGCGGUGGAGCUGGCCCGUCAGGCACGGCGGAGGGCAUCAGCGUCCGUUGACGCGAUGCCGAUGGCCGUUGGCAGCUUCUACCUAGUGUGGUUCGCCGUGCCUGGUCGUGGGAUCUGGCGCGAACGGCUCGUCAGCCAGGGCACGCUCAUCAUGACGGCCGACGGCGACGUUUACCACGAGGGUCAGGUGCCCUCCAGGAAAGUCAGGGGCGCCAAGCCGCUGAGCUGGCAGGGGGCCGCGGUCGACGGGUUCGAGGCGGCGAGCGUCUACCGCUUCGAGCUCCUCCCCACGGCGGUCCAGGUGUGGGACGCGCCUCGCGAGGCGGUGGCAGGCACGGCCACGCCUCCUGCGGGGGAGCCCCCGUGCGGCGACCCGCGCGCCCUGGCGGUGGCUAGGGUCUCGCGCGGUCGCUGCGACCGCUCCUUCGGCGACGCGCUCAGGCAGCAGACCGUGUACGAGCGUGACGAGUGGCCCGUCCGUGGGCCUCAGACGGUGUUCGGGGUCCUCCAGUUCGUGCUUCGGAUGGCUGGAGGCAUCGAGGCGGCGAAGCAGCUCGAGACCAUCUGCCGCAUCCAGGAGGCGUCGAGGGCGUACGUCCAGCUCGUCAUCCCUGAGCUGGCCAGCUUCGAGUAUCUGGCGCGGCAGUUGCAGCUGAUCGAGGGGGGAGUCUGCGACGAGAAGACUCGCGAAGUCGGCGGCCCCGCCGGCGGGCGGCUCGUGGCGCGGCUUGGCGCCGGUGGUGCAACGAGGGUAUCGGCGCUCUCAACUGGCUCCAUGUACGUGCUGGUGCUCUCGACGACCCCAGGCUACCAGAACGCCUCGCGGGUCAGACCCUACGACAAGGCCCGCGCGGCCUGGCCUGCGCUCUCGGGACCUCCCGUCGAGGUCGGCCCCGUCGCGCAGCAGGCCGAUGCCUUUCAGUUGCAGGGUUGGAGGCAGAGUAUGCUGAGAUCCGCAGGCGAGGUCGAGGAGCUUCAGGAGUCGCUAGGUGUCCAGCAUCCCUACGUCGACCCUCUGCUUCGCGAUCCUCGGAAGUAUGCUGAGCUUUUGAACGCGAUGUUGCAGCGCCACAUGAUCGAGUGGACUGUUGCGUCACCUCCCUCUUCUUCCCACUCCGUUGGGAUUUUCUUUGUCCAGAAGAGCGGCGGCAAGCUGAGGCUGGUCUUCGACACGAGUGUGGCGAACGCCUAUUUCAAGUCUCCGCCGAACACCGUGCUGCCUACCCCAUCCGCCUGGGCCUCGCCCGAGUCGUCGGACGACUUUUAUGCGGCCCAGGGGGGCAUCCAGUGCGCCUCCUACCACAUGGCGGUGCCUCCCGACCUGAGGGACUUCUUCCGCCUGCCCACGAUCUCCAACCGCUUCGCGGGCCUGAAGACCGUCGGCUCCAUGAGUGCGGGUCGCCGCGCCUUUCCGCAGCUGGUCGUGCAUGUGAUGCCUAUGGGGUGGAACUGGGCGUUCUAUUUCUGCCAGUCGGCUCUGGUGCGGGGCGCGCUCGACGUGGGGAUCCAGCCGAACCGCCAGCUCGCCGAUGGAGCCGCGCCCGCCCCGCUCGUCAGUAAGAGCGACCUGGUGGCAGCGGGGUGCGUGGGCAACUUUUGCGCGGUGUCCCAGUCAGCCGCCUUGGCGACCGCCAGGGCCCGCGAGCUGGCACAGGCUCAGUCGGAGGGCGUCUUCACGGGCAUCCAGUUCUCGGGCAAGACAGGGAUGCCGCGCGCGAGACCCGACCGCCUUGCACGCCUGCGGCAGGCCAUCCUGGCCUUCUUGAGCCCCGGGUCUGCGUCGCGCGGAGCCCUGACGCCCAUGGUAGGUCACGCCGCGUGGGCGAUGAUCAUGCGGAGAGAGUGCCUGUCGAUAGUCAAUGGUGUGUAUCGUUCAUUCAAGUUGCGGGAACUCUCAGCCGUGGCCGCUCUGUUGCCGUUGAUGCGGGCGUCCUCUCGCGUGCCUUGGUUAGGCACCUUCUACGCGUCAGAUGCUUCGCCGUGCGGGAAGGGUGUGUGCAUGGAAAAGCUGGACCCCCUCGUCGUCUCGUCCACGGGCCGCGUUGCUGAGAAGUGGAGGUAUAGAGUCUCGGAGGCGAUCUCUGCCAGGGCCCAUGCGUGCGAAGGCGGAGGGGGCGAUGAGGGUGCUCAAGAUGCUGCUGUCGGUUGCUCGUUGCCGUCGGACGUGCUGCUCGGGGAGGGGGGCGUCGACUCCGUCCCGGAUUCCGUCGAGCGCUUGCGUCAUCUCCUCCGACGCCUGGCCGCCGUCAGUCUCACCGCGGACAUCCGCGCGGUCGUUCGAUGGAUUCCGAUUGAGCGGAACGUAGCGGAUGGCCCCUCGCGGACGGGCUUCUUAUUAGGGCCAUGGAAGGACUUCGAAGUUGAGACAGGCGACCAGCGACCACUUCAGCACCCAGGGCUGCGGCAGUUGCUAGGGGGGAAGACCUCGUUCCGCGAGAACCCCGCGGUGGCACAGCGGACCCAGGACCUCUGCCACGCUCGCGACGGCCGCUUCCUCCAGUGGUACAUGUGGACGGGGCAGUCGUUCGCGACUGCCGCCGAGCUGGGCGCAUUGCUGCUGGUCUUCUUCGAGAACCUCCGCCUGGACGGGUUCGACACUGCGACGGUGCGCAUGACGAUGGCAGCCCUUCACCACCUGCUGCCGCGCCUGCUGGCGGGGCCCCGUGCUCUGCCGCGGGCCGCGCGGGCUCUCGUGCGGCUCUCCCUGCCGCGCUCGGCGUUGCUCGCCGCGGUGGGGGUCCCGAUGCUGGACAGGAGGUUCGCGGAGGCGGUCUUCGGGGGGUGGGCGUUCGACACCUACUUCAGGCCCAGCGUGGCCUAUCGCCUGGCGGCGGCCAGCCUGGUGGAGCUGCGCGCGGUUUCAGCGACGACGGGCGGCCCUGGCAAGACGGGGGGGACCGACGACAGCGUCAUCAUCGACAACGUGAGCUUGGGGCCCCUCCUCCAGGGCUUGAAGCGCCACCGCGCUACGAGGGAUCCGCGGUGGAACUUCGCGCCCUCGGCGAUCCGCCUGGUCCUCCGCGAGGCGCGGGUCAGGCAGCCGCUCAUCGCCGAGCUCCCGCAGUGCGCGGUAGCGCUGGACAGCGCCGUGGACGGGCGCGAGGCAGAGCUCGUCUCGACAAAGAUGACUACGGUAGCGUGCUCGCCGCCGCCUCUGCCAGCCGACCUGCCGGCAGCGAAGCUGCCCAAGCAGGUUCACGCCCCGCAGCCGAGCCACAGUUGGCGCUUCGGCUGA